AUGGGUCAAGAUAACGAAACUGAAAAAAUUAAAGAAAAUGAUUUAAUUACAGAUAAUUCACAACAUAAUGAAGUUCUUCCUGUCGAAAAUGUAGAAAAUAAGGAAAAUAUAGUAAAAUUAGAAGGCAAAGAAUCUAAACGAAUGAGGUCGAAUUCUGGAACGAAUUCAACGAAUUCCGAAAUUAAUAAAGACGUUGAUGUUACCACAACUUCUAAAUCCUCGUCCUCACCUACUUCUACGAAUAUUGAACCUAGAGAAAACUUCAUAUCUCAAGCUGUCAAUUUUCUUUCUAGUCCUAACGUUAUUAAAGCUGAAGAAGAAAAAAAAACUCAAUUUUUAUUGAUGGUUCCUCCAAGAACGUAUUCACCACAAACUCUUCCUUUAGUAAACGUCCCUCCACAAAAACAAAUCAUAGGAAGACCAAAAAUUUGGAAGAAUCUUUUAUAUGUAUUACUUUUUACUGGAGUUUUCAGUGUAGCACUUAUUACUGCAAUUAAGAAAUUACUUGGUCCAGUGGAUUCAAUAACCUUUUCUUCAGAAGAUAAAUAUGAAAUGUUAUCAUCAAACCCUCCAUCAUUAUUGGCUCCACUUUCUAACGAUUUAUCAAAUUUAACUGAACGAAUACAUACUCAUCAAAAAAAUGUAUUAAAAAAUGAAGCGAUGGAAGAUUUACAACAAUCAUUAACAUCUUUAGUAACUUACCUUUCGGCUAAUUUUCAUUUAUUAACAAAUAGUUGGUCAGUUUAUGGUAAUGGACGUUAUCGUAAUGAUCCAACCGCGGAACAAGUUAAAACUGAAAUUAGAAGUAUAAAAGGAUUAUUAAUUGGUCGUAGUAAUUUUCCUAAAAUUCCCAUUAAUCGUUCUUCAAUAGUAAGUCAGAAAGUUACAGCAAGAAAAUCGUAA